AUGCCGCUCCAAGUCCUCCCGCCGCCGAUGGUGAUCCAACUCCUGCCUCUGUAUGCGGAGCUGCAACUCCGCCAAACGCCGCCGCUCGCAGACUUCCUCCUGAAUCUGCGUCUCCUCCCGCUGCAACCGCCGCAGCGCAAGCUCCUCCCACCACUUCUGCUGGCGCACCUCCCACCGGCGCUGGCUGUUCCGCCUCUUCCGCCGCUCCGCCUCCUCUCGCUGCCGCGCCACCUCCUGCCGCGCCACCCGCCGCCGUCGCGCCUCCUCGGUCACCCACAGCCGUCGCUCCACCUCCUGGCCCCGCCGCUCGUCCGCGACAUGGGCAUCCACGGUCACCGCUAG